AUGGACCCUGCAGCUAACGUUCCGGAAGAGCAACAAGUUGACGAGGCUCCCACAUCCUUGACGGCAAAUUCCUCUGCACGUUCUUCACAAGUAGCUGGAGGCUCUGCUAGUCGUCCACGCUUAUCAACGCGACGAAAGUCGUCAAAGGUUAUGUCUAACAAUUCCUCUCAAGGAGACUCUUCCGACCACUCUGACAGCUCAAAGAGACGUAAACGUACACGUAGACGUCACUCUUCUUAUAGACCGAGAAAUGCAAGCAUUAGUGAAACUGACAGACAAGAGGCUAUAAACAUAACGCAUCCUUUCGGUCUUCCUCUGUGGAAACCAGCAUUAUACAAAAAAUCACGUUCUAUAAUUCGAAAUGCUAAUUCAGCACUGCAUUCAACACCAUCGACCGAUCUGUAUCUUUAUCCGGGUAAUAUUUUAUGGGCACUUGUAUUCGGUUGGUGGCUGGCAAUUAUAUCGUUUAUAGUGUCGAUUUUCUUACUGUUAACGCCAUUUGGUGGAUGGCGAUAUUCACGAGUUUUACGAGAAUUGAGUUAUUAUAUUUUUUGGCCUUUUGGAAAGUAUGUUGAACGGGUCACGGAAGGAUGGGUGAACGACGAUGAUAAUCGUUAUACGGAUGCGAAUGGUGUUUCACUUGAUCAUUAUGAGGAUAAUGUUGGAUUAACUGAUGAAGAUCAUCGUUACAAUAACGAAGCAGAGAAUCGUCCAUUGUUGGAACGUGGAUCUAAUUAUUCGGAUAGUGGAAAUCAGACAUCCCCAAGUUAUCAAAAGCGAAAAUCUUUUGCAUCUUAUUUCGGGAACAUUGGGUUUGCGGGUAUUGUCUUUUAUUUUUGGUUCUUUCUACUAGUAGCUCCUUUGUAUAUUCUUGUUUCGGCUUUAUGUUGGUUUAUGGUUGUCUCCAUCCCAAUGGCCAAACUUACAUACGUGCUCACACGACAUUUACGAAAACAUCCAUUAUCACUACACUUCAAAUCCGGCUCAUCACUUUCAUCCUCCGCAUCACCACAUUCAGUAAUCUUACUAUGCACAUACAAGGCAAUUGGAUUGCAAUACUACAAAUAUACCUACGAUGGUAUUAACAUUAUCUUUAUCAACCUUAUGCCCCUCGUCCUCUUCACCAUCUUUGACAGCAAAGUACUUGAAGAGAUGAUCCCUGGCCGGUUUAUUGUUCAGCCAUUGUCCAUCUUCGUACUGGGACUUGCCUCGACAAUCUCACUUUCUUAUUUUAUUGGCAUGGCUGUUGCAUCAAUUUCCGCGCAGUCUUCGGCGGGGAUGGGUGCAGUGAUUAACGCCACUUUUGGUAGUAUUAUUGAAAUUAUUUUGUAUGCGAUUACUUUGGUACGUGAAGAAGGGCUAAUUGCUGAAGGGAGUAUUAUUGGGAGUUUGAUGGCCGGUGUGUUACUUUUGCCUGGGAUUAGUAUGAUUAGUGGUGCUUUUAAACGUAAGGAGCAAAGAUUUAAUGCAAAGAGCGCAGGGGUGACAUCAACCAUGCUUAUUAUGGCUAUUAUUGGAGCACUCACACCCACUUUAUUCUAUCAAAUAUAUGGAAGUUUUGAUGUGAUAUGUGAACCUUGCGCUGGCGGCAGACCAUCUUGUCAAAGUUGUCACUAUGAACAACCCAAUCCCAUUGCCGAUUCUUACUAUCAGACUAGGAUAAAACCUUUAAUGUAUUUUUGUGCAUUCAUUUUGUUUUUAUCUUAUUUAAUUGGACUUUGGUUUACCCUUCGUACACACGCAGCGAUUCUUUGGCAACCUAUUCAGCAUCCCACAUUUGCAGAACCAGCCGAUCCAACAAUAAACCGUAGUAAUUCCAUAUAUAAACGAAUAAUUCCAAUUCCACUUACUAUGUUGCAAAGUUUAAUACCUUCUCAUCAUUCUUCAAUGCCACCAUCUCACCCCGCUCAAACGACAAUAAAUCAGAAUUCUGCACAUCUGACAAGUGGAAAUGUUCGACCACAAUCAGCGCCCGGACCUAUCAUCCAUCUUGGACCAUCGCAUACACAAAAUCAACCAUUAUUGAGACAUGCUCAUGAACCGGAAGAAGAGGAAGAACACGGUGGUCAUGAUUCUCCUAAUUGGAGUAAAUUGAAAAGUGGUAUAGUGUUGCUCAGUUGCACUGCUUUGUAUUCAGUGAUUGCCGAAAUAUUGGUUGAUACUGUUGAUGAUUUGCUCAAAAAUAGUAAAGAAGGUAGUAAACUUGAUCCAAAGUUCCUCGGACUUACAUUAUUCGCCCUCGUACCAAAUGUUACCGAGUUCAUGAACGCGAUGGCAUUUGCUCUACAAGGAAACAUUGCACUCAGUAUGGAGAUUGGUUCUGCAUAUGCGUUGCAAGUCUGUCUAUUACAGAUUCCAGUUUUAGUUCUUUUUUCGGCUUUAUACAAACUCGAAGAUGGUGUCAAAGCGAAUCCUCAAAAUACAUUUAGUCUUGUGUUUCCUCGAUGGGAUGUUUUUGCGGUCGUGUUUUCAGUGUUUUUGUUAACUUACACUUAUAUUGAAGGAAAAUCCAAUUAUUUUAAAGGCUCGAUUUUAAUCCUUUCUUAUUUGGUACUUAUGGCUGGAUUUUAUUGGGCUCCGCGCUAG